AUGCAGGCCAUCACGUCACCCUUUUCUGAGAGCUGGGGAGAAUAUCGACUUCGAAAAGAGGACUUUUCAUGGCACAAGGCUAAUGAAGGACGUCUGCAAGGCAAGUGGCUGCGUGGUCUAUGGAGUAAUGAAUUGUACCAGGAACGGCGAUCCUCUACCACGGGGCGCGCUGACGACAUGAUGACGGUGGCUACCUUGUCUUUGCCCCCCACGCUGGAGAUUCAAAAAUUCGUGGAAUUGUUCAAGUUGGCGUACAUGCAUAUGCGUUUCGUUCAUCCCAUGCUGGGUGUCACGAUUGAAACCAACGUCUUCUCCAUUCCGCUCUUGCCUUGCUUUGUGUACGAACAAGUCACGUCAUUUGAUGAAGUGCAGGCAUGGGCUGAUCGCACUGUGCAUGUACAUACCUGUGAGUCCGAGCAAGACCGGGCCCUGAGCAUGUCAGAUCGCAUUCAGUGUGUACGGAAUACUGUGGGAACACGCCCCUUGCCCAUAUCGCAGCACACACGCGAGUGGCACAUAAUUUGCUUCGGUCGUGAGGAGGACGCGCAUCAUGUUGCAUUGAUGUCUUACUGUGCACAUAGUGUGUCUGACGCACGAGCUGAGCUUUUUCUCCUUCAACAAUUGCUGGAUGAGAUGGCUCGUUUGGAAGGCGCAUGGCCUGUUUCCGCAUCGCAUCCCUCUCAUCCUGCGGCACACGAGUGGGGAUCAGAAAUUAAACGCUUGACACCUUCACUUAUGGAGAUGAUAGGCGUGCCGAUCGAUGCAUUCGAGGAAGAAGCGGCUAGGGAACUCGUAAGAAGUGUCACGUCAGAGCCAAGCUUGCGGCUCGACGAAGGACGCCCUAUUGCUGAGCCGGAACUGUCCGAAACCUUGCAUGCACGCGUCGUUUUCUCCAAGGAAGAGACGGAUGCGUUGCAUCAAGCCGCCAAGGCCCACGGCUGGUCCCUAACACACUUGGUGGAUGCAGCACGUCAUAUGGCCUAUAUGCAGGUACGUCGCCCAUACUUGGAGGCAUGGCACUGGAGUCCCAUUCCUGAAAAGCUGCACACCGACUUUUUAAUCCCUAUGGAUGCGCGCUAUGCCAUUUUGGAGACAUUCAGGGAUGGGGCCAGUGGCCAUGUUUGCAACGCCACGGAGGGAUUCACCACGACCAUACCUCUUAUGGACCCCUAUUAUAUUCCUAUCGAGCGUGAGCUGGCUUCAUCAGAGAAAGAACUGCAUGAGCUUAGCCAGGUUCGUACACUUGCUUACAUGGCCCAAUCGCUCUGCGUGCAGUACAAUGCACAGAAAAAGCGAGCCAAGCAGCGCAUGAUGUCGAGCAUACCGACCCUCGUCUUGGCGGGUGUUUUUUUGCCGACAUAUCCAUUCCAAAGUCUGUCGCCUGAAGGUUUCAGCUCUGUUGGUGUCGUGGACCGCUUGCUGACUACACGCAUAUCUCUGCCUGGGCAUACACAGCCCAUCGACAUCAUCGACUGGACAGUGGGUCUCCUUAUGUCCAAGCACCGGGGAAGUUUGCAGUUUUCGCUGCAUAUCUGGACGUUCCAAGAACAGCUGAAUCUUUCCGUGGUACAUACUCCCCACAUUACCAAAGAGCGCACGGCGCUGUUCCUUGAUACGAUGCGAAGCACGCUGAAAUUGUUUCUUAUGGCAUACGAGCAGCAUGGAAAGCCCAUUGACAUCCCUGCAGCGCCACCUACGCCGUUCAAAGAGCCGACGUUGUUCCAAUACGUUGGUAGGUGGCUCCAGAGCCUGCUGUCUCAUUAG